CUAGAAUACAUUACAAAACUUAACCAUACAGACAGAGACAGGAAAUGAUCAUUUUCAGCACAGCUUGUUUUAUCAUUUUUGUCUGUGCUGAUAAAGGUCUAAUCAGACAAUUAUUGUGGUAAAAAGGAAAAUGGCAAAGGUUUUGAUUACCUCAAAUUCAAAGAGAGAUUUGUGGAACAUUCUAAGUAUUGCCCUCCUCGUCGCUGCAGGAGCCUGGGCCCAGACAGUUACCCAGAAACCUGAUGAGGUUGUGUAUAAACUGGCUCAGAAUGCCUCAAUGGACUGCCAGUUCAUCCACACUCCAGAGCAGCAGGUGGCAAAGAAUCCCAUUCUCUACUGGCAUAAAAUUACAAGUUUGACCCAAAUGACAAGACUGUGGCCUGACCCAGAGUCACCGUACAAGGAUCGUGUGGAUGUUCUGGACAGUGACCGCAACUCACCGAACAGAUCUGUACUUCUGAAGAAUGUCCAGUGGGAAGAUAGCACUGGAAAGUAUGAGUGUAAACUUUCUUAUAGGGCUGCCAAACAAGAUAAGAGGACGAAAGGGAGCGGCGUUAAGCUAUUGAUACAUGAUUCGAUGUUCUUUGGGCUUGAGAAUGAGACCCAACUCAUGUGUGCUGUGAAUGUUUCCCGGGAUGAUGGGUUUGUCUUAUCCUUGCUACAAGACGGAUCUAAAGUAUUCCAAAAGACCAUUGAUCCUCUUCACCCCAGCAUGUCACUGCCUGUUACCCUGUCUGUGAUCCUCCCCUUGGAGAAGGGCAAGAACUAUGAGUGUCAAAUCCACCUGGGCUCCACCAUGAUAAUGAGCCAGCCCUUCCAACAGCCGCUUGAGACGCCAGGUACAUUAGAGAAGGUGCUUCCUGAACCAGCUUUCCUGUUCGUGGCCAUCCUCCUGGUCCCCAUCACCGUGCUUCUGGCUCUGCUCACAGCCCUUCUUGUCUUACGCAGAUAAGACAGGAGAUAGUAAGACUGCUUAGGCCAAAUAUACAGUGCAUUUAGUAUUCAGAACCUUUGACCUUGUCACGUCCUGACCAUUAAAAGGGGUUAUUUGUUAUAGUAGUUUGGUCAGGGCGUGGCAGGGGGUGUUUGUUUUGUGUGUUUUGGGGUUUGAUGUAUGUUCUAUAUUUUAUAUUUCUAUGUUCAUUCUAUGUUCCCUAUCUAUGUUUUGUGUUUCUGUGUUUUGGCCUGGUAUGGCUCUCAAUCAGGGACAACUUCAUUGUCGCUGAUUGGGAACCAUACUUAGGUAGCCCUUUUUCCACCUGUCUGGUGUGGGAAGUUGUCUUUGCGUUGCAUGUGUUUGCACGCAUAGCUUUUCCUUCGUUGUAUUGUUUAUUGUUUUGCUGAUUCACGUUUAAAAUAAAGAAAGAUGAACCCAACUGUCACGACAGUGACGGAUGGUGGCGCCCCUCCUCGGCCGGGCGGAGCUCGGCGGUCGUCGUCGCCGGCCUACUAGCUACCAUCGAUCCCUUUUUGUUUCACUUUCGUUUGGUUAGGUCUAGGUAGGCACGCACCUGUUUUGGGUUAGUCAUUAGUAAGGGGGGGUUAUUUAGGUUAGCGUAGGAUGUAUGUGGUUGUACGUGAUUGUGUUGCUUGUCCGGGUUUUUUGUGUUCGAAAAGAACGUGUACUGAGUUUUUCCUUCUGCCAGUGGUUUAUUUUGUUUGUGUACACCACCGCAGAAUCUUUCAGGGCUGCGCCCCUAUACUUUGUCGACCACGUACAGUGCUUCCAAUAAAGAAGUGUGGUCACGAA